AUGAGCGAGCUUCAGGAACGAAUUGAAAGAACAAUGAGAAAGAUAGAAGAUUUUUACUUUGGAGAUGAAGGAGAUUCUGGUGAGCAGAUGCUAUCAAGUUUCGCUGAAAAAUACUCUCAUCUUUUCAAUCGUCACAUGAGGGCGACUGAAGUUGAAAACAGGCUUGAACAUACCUUGGCUUAUCAAGAAUUCCAAAACAUCUUUGAAGCCAAGCUAGAUGAAUUAGUUAGUUCUGAAGGCUGAACUGUUGACCAAUUUUUUUCAGAGCUUAAAGGGAGAGUAGAAGAAGAUGAAGAUUGCGCAGUUUUUGUGCAAGUUAUACUUUCAAUUUCGGAUUAUUCUAGUUUUGUCGAUAUGAUGGCGUCUUAUUGCAAGCAUCAUCGUAAAUAG